AUGUGCAGCAGAUACACGAUCCUCAGAGUCAACACGGCCACGGGGCUCGCAAAGUUUUACAAGUCUCCUACCGAAUUCUCCUGCAUUUCUAAUCCGCUGCACAAAAUACCCAUCUCACAACUCAACGAUGAUUACUGUGACUGCCCUGAUGGCAGCGAUGAACCAGGCACCUCAGCAUGUUCUCACAUAUCUCCUUUAUCUCCUCGCAUCCCCUCCGUGAAUCCUCUGAGCGAUAAUAUAACUCUUGCUUUACCUGGCUUUUAUUGCAAAAACAAAGGCCACAUUCCAUCCUACCUGCCGUUCAAUUCCGUUAAUGAUGGUAAAUGCGACCACACACUUUGCUGCGAUGGCUCAGACGAAUGGCAGCAUGUUGGCGGAACUACAUGUCCAGACAAGUGCAAGGAGAUAGGGAAGGAGUGGCGGAAGAAAGAUGACGUAAGGAAAAAAGCUUUGGGUCUUGCCAUGAAGAGAAAGAAAGAACUGGUUGCUGAGGCGGCCAAUUUGAGGCAUCUAGCGAGGAGUAGAGUUGACGAGUUGGAGAACAAGUUGAAGAGCGCAGAGGAAAAGAUGAAGGAGACUGAAAAGGUAUUGGAAGAGACGGAGAAGAGCGAGAAAUCGAAGAUGGUGAGAGGCGAAGCUGGAAAAGCUGGACGAGCAGGUAUCUUGGCUGGGUUGGCAAAAGCUAGAAUUGAGGAGUUGAGGUCGAAUCUAGUAGAAGUGAGGAAACAGAGGGAUGCAUUAAGUGGUCAACUUAAAGAGCUGCAAACAACACUUUCAGCCCUCAAGGAAGAGUACAACCCCAAUUUCAACGAUGAGGGUGUGAAGCGAGCAGUCAGAGCAUGGGAGGACUACGCCGCACGCGACAAGGAAGGCGUCUGGGAGGCAGCCAAGGAUCGGGACCUCGACGAGAUUUCGAAGCCUGAUGACGAGAGCAACGGGAUCAAUUGGGUGGAAUGGGAAAGUGGCGAUGAUUCUACCACUGGUGAAGCAGAAAGCAUUCUCUACGGCUUAUCUGCUUACGCCCCUCCUUCUCUACGAGUGUGGCUUGACUCGAAAAUAACCUCCUUCCGCACCCUUCUCAUCGAAAGCGGCAUUCUCGCUGACAACCCUGGCUCCAGCAGCAGUGUCGAGUCUCCCGCCGUCACUACGGCCCGCAGCCGACGUGACUCGGCCAAGACGUUACUGACAACCACCCAGAGCGAUCUGAAUAAUGCCAAAUCAGAUCUCGAAAGAGAUUAUGGAGCUGACGAUGUCUUCCGUGCAUUAAAGGAUAAAUGCAUUACCAAAGACAGCGGCGAGUACACUUACGAACUUUGCUUCCUAGGCUCGACAAAGCAGAAACCGAAAAAGGGAGGAGGUGACACCACUAUGGGCAAUUUUGUGAGCAUUGCCUCGGAAUAUGUGGAUAGCGACGUCGACGCCGAGGGUAAAGGGCUGGGAGUCGGUGAGAGGGUGGUCUUGAAGUAUGAAAAUGGUCAGCAUUGCUGGAACGGCCCGACGAGAUCCACGGUUGUGUUGCUGGCAUGUAGUGCCCAGGAAGAAAUCUGGCGCAUCAGCGAAAGCGAGAAGUGUGUUUAUAGGAUGGAGGUUGGCACAGCAGCAGUUUGUGAACCGGACGAUGGAAAAGAGACAAAGAGGACGGUUGAAAAGGAUGAAUUAUGA